AUGGGUAUUCAUGGUGGCUCGGAUGAGCUCUACUGGUCGGACAACGUGGAUGGCCAAUACACGUCUAAGGGUGGCUACAACUUCAUGCGGAUGCUGCUGUCCUAUGAUGCACCAUCGUCCUCAACAUCAGCCCCGCUCCGACCGGCGUUUUGGAAGAAGUUCUGGGCAACGCAAGCACUCCCCCGCUGCAAGGAAACGAGCUGGCGAGCCAUCUCGGGUUACCUUCCGCUGAAGGAAAGGCUGUUCCGUCCCCGGGUGGAUGUCGAUCCAGGGUGCAGCUUCUGUGCAACGCAUUGGGAGACAGAGGAUCAUUUUUUUCUGCAGUGUCCAGCAACUAGACAGAUUUGGUUUGCCUCCCCGGGUGCAAUUCGAGCAGAUUCUUUCUCUUGUUUUCGUGAUUUCUGGGCAGUCGUGGCGUUGCAGGGGGAUGGUGAUUUUCUUGCCUUGGUCCAAGCGACUGUGUACGCAAUUUGGGAAGCAAGAAAUCAAGUGAAUUUCCAGCAGCGUCCUCUCAUGGUUCAUAGCGUAUUAUCGCGUGUGGAGAGCCUACUUGCUGAAGUUUCAGUUCGUGACAAUGGAGGAGAGGCUACCGUAGCUGCGCCGGCGAGAUGGAAGAGACCAGCACAAGGGACAAUUAAAUGUAAUUUUGAUGCUUCUUUCAAGGAAGGUGAUGUUUCUAGGCUGGGAAUGAUAGCUAGAGACCAUGAAGGGGCUAUAAUGGCAACAGCUUGCUCUUUCCAAUUUCACACUAUUUCUUCUCUUUUGGCGGAGCCCAUGAGUAUGCGGUGGACAAUGCAAUUGGCAAUAGACUUGGGCUUCCGGAGGAUUUGUGUGGAGACCGAUUGUGUCUACCUUUUCAGAUCUUGGCAUGCCACGGGAGAGGGGAGAUCUUAUCUUAGUUCUAUCCUUAGAGAUUGUCGUUUGUUACUUUCUGGCUUUGAUCAUUUUACUGUUUCUUUUGUUAGGCGCACGGGUAAUGUCGUUGCGGAUUUUUUAGCUAAGAACGUCAAAACCUAUGCUAAUCAAGUAUGGGUGGAGGAGGUUCCUGCACCAGUUUUACCUUUGGUUAUUUCUGAUAUAACAUAA